AGGCCAUGCUCCGGCUGCGCCUGCUGACCUGGGAUGUGAAGGACACUCUGCUGCGGCUGCGGCGGCCCGUGGGGCAGAGCUACGCGGCCGAGGCGCGGGCGCAGGGGCUGCGGGUGCAGCCCGAGGCUCUGGGACGGGCGUUCCGGGAGGCCUACGGGGCCCAGAGCCGCCGCUUCCCCAACUACGGCCGGGGGCAGGGGCUCAGCUCCCGGCAGUGGUGGGUGGACGUGGUCAAGCAGGCCUUCGUGCUCUCGGGGGUGCAGGACGGCGCAGCCCUGACGGCGCUGGCCGAGAAGCUGUACCGUGACUACUGCAGCUCCCACAACUGGGAGGUGCUGCCGGGGGCCGAGGAGACCCUGAACCGGUGCCGCCAGCGCGGCUUCCGCAUGGGCGUCGUGUCCAACUUCGACAACCGGCUGGAAAACAUCCUCUCUCAGUGCAGCCUGCGGCACCACUUCGAGUUCGUGCUCACCUCCGAGGCCGCGGGGGUCGCCAAGCCCGACGCGAGGAUCUUCGAGGAGGCCCUGCGGCUCGGGGGCGUCCCCCCGGAGCAGGCGGCCCACGUCGGGGAUGAUUACACGCGGGAUUACCGGGCAGCCCGCGCCGUGGGCAUGCACAGCUUCCUGCUCCGCACGGCCGGCCAGGGCCCGGAGCCCGAGGUGCCCCCCGAGCACGUCCUGCCCACCCUCAGCCACCUCCUGGCCCGGAUCGAGAAGGGAUAGCUGCGGUUUGGAGGAGCCCAGCGCUGCUGUCGGGUGCUGAACCGGUCCUGGUGGGGUUUCCCUGUUGCCAGGGGGACAGGGAACAGCAGCGAGCGGAUCGAGCACAGGGAGCAGCGCUGCCUUCGGAGCAGGAGGGAUGUUCCUGCAAUAAAACAUAUCUGACAGCC